AGUCGCAGCGGGGAGCAGCAGAGCUCGGCCUCUUUCGCUUGCUAGGCCCGCUCUCAGACCUGUGCGCCCUGCUCGGCCAUGGAACCGAGCCCCGACGCCGAGGAGGCGCGCACGGUGCGGGAGGCGCUGGGCCGCUACGAGGCGGCGCUGGAAGGUGCUGUGCGCGCGCUGCACGAAGACAUGCAGGGGCUGCAGCGCGGCGUUGAGCGGCGCGUGGCCGAGGCAUUGCGCCUGGCAGGCCCCUUGGCGCGCACGGUGACCGAGUUGCAGCGUGACAACCAGCGGCUGCAAGCGCAGCUCGAGCGCCUGACGCGCCAGGUGGAGGCACUGGGCUUGGCAACCGGGCUGUCCCCCGCGGGCGGCACGCCUGGCACGCCCAGCCCUCCGCCCGCCUCCGGCGUCCCGGACCGGGCGCCCCGUCUGGGCACCGCACGCUUCUCCAGCCACGCCACCUUCUCGCUGUCCGGCCGCAGCCAGAGCGUGGAUCAUCACGAUGAAGCCAGCGAGCCGGAGGCGAGAAGGAACUCCAGCUUGGGCAUCGUUGAGAACGGGCACCAGCCUGGGGCAGGUCCAGAUGAUGGGCUCCCCGAGGUCACCCAAACCUCAGCACCAGACACCCCCAAGCCUCGCCCCGCGAGCCUCUCCUUGCGGCUGCCGCACCAGCCGGUCACGGCCAUCACACGAGUGUCUGAGAAAUUCUCUGGGGAGACAUCAGCUGCAGUUCUAUCACCCACGUCUGCUACCUUCCUCAGCCCCAGCCCCAGUGAGGCCACCAUACCCUGGACUCCUAGUCCCAGUGCAGAGAAAAACGUGUCUCUCCCAAGGAACUUCUCGAGCUCUGGCUACGGAGCAGUGAUGGCAGGCAGGGCCAAUGACAGCCCACCUAUGGUGACGCCACCCCAGUCGCCCCCAUCACCACAGCCGCCAGCCCUGACUCAGACCCAUCGCCCGGGGGAGCGUCGCAGGGAGCUGGUGAGGUCUCAGACCCUGCCUCGCACCUCUGGGGCUCAGGCCCGGAAGGCGUUGUUUGAGAAGUGGGAGCAGGAUACCGCUGGCAGGGGGAAGGGCGAGGCCCGGGCGAAGCUGAAGCGGUCACAGAGCUUUGGCGUGGCCAGCGCCAGCAGCAUCAAGCAGAUCCUGCUCGAGUGGUGCCGCAACAAGACCCUCGGCUACCAGCACGUGGACCUGCAGAACUUCUCCUCCAGCUGGAGUGAUGGCAUGGCCUUCUGUGCCCUGGUCCACUCCUUCUUCCCCGACGCCUUCGACUACAGUACCCUGAGCCCCACGCAGCGACAGAAGAACUUCGAAUUGGCCUUCACCAUGGCAGAGAACCUGGCCAACUGUGAGCGCCUCAUCGAGGUGGAGGACAUGAUGGUGAUGGGCCGCAAGCCGGACCCCAUGUGUGUCUUCACUUACGUCCAGUCUCUGUACAACCACCUGCGUCGCUUUGAGUGAAGGCCUCUGGCCUGGAGAGCCAAGCAGCAGCCCCGGGAGGACACCUUGGACCGCCUGGUCCCAGAGUCGGGACCACCCCCGAGAAGACUUGCAUUUUGGUGUGGAGCGCUCUUUGUUCUGUGGUGUGUGACCUGCUGCGUCCUGCAGGACUGUGGCCCUGGUUGAUUGUAAGUGCGCUGAGCAGUUCCCGACAGCGCCCGUCACAGCCAAGGGGUGGACGGAGAGUGAGGCAUUACCAGAGAGAGAGAAACAGAGAGAAACUGGUGCUAAGUAAUUAUCUUCCUUAACAAAAAAACAAAACAAAACAAAAAAAACCAGAAAACAAAACUUGUCUGUAGUUUCCGGAUUGUUCAGUAACAAUCUUCCCUCUGGUGAAUUUGAUGCAUUGGCUUUCCAGGGUUAUGUUGAUCACCGAGUGUUUUUUAUCAAAAUACCCAGAGUUUUUUACUUCCUCACACUAUUGUAGGUUCCUUUCCUCCCUCCCUCUGGGCCACUGCCAGGAAACAGAGAGACUGCUUAAUCAGCAGCUUGACAAGGAAGACUGAAGUCUUGGGAAGAAAGAGUUUAAUCACUCCCAGGUCCUGGGCAGCAGAUGACCUUCAAGUCACCUCGGCCCCUUGGGGAGAUGGGAAGGCGCUUGCCUGGGUCCUGGAGCAAGCCUCCUGCCCUUCCCAGGGGGCCCCACAAGUGUCUGACUAAGAAUAGGUUCUUGGGAAGUUGACACUUUUGGGGCUGGACAGGCCCUUUGUGCUGAGAGCUAGGUUUUAUCCACUUUUUUAGGGGAUUUGCUGCAAAUAUUUAUAAAAAGUAACUCCAUCUGUAUCA